CCAACAUCUACCUGGUCCUAAGUCAUCUUACAAACUUAUACCACAUCACCUCAUUUCGCUGCUCUCUCUCUCUACAUUACUGAUUAUACAAGCACAAGCUUUCGAAUAAUCGUUUGAUUGCAUCGAUGGACAGAAUCAGCAAGAUGGUGUCCGAGAAGCCGCUGGUGAUCUUCGGCAGGACCACUUGCGCAAUGUGCCACAGCAUUAGGUCUCUCUUUGUCGACUUCGGAGUCAACCCUACUGUCUAUGAGCUAGAUGAAAUCCCAAGAGGCCGAGAGAUCGAGCAAGCCCUUUUGAGGAAUGGGUGUAACCCGACCGUGCCGGCUGUGUUCAUCGGUGGCGAGCUGGUUGGUGGAGCUAACGAGGUCAUGAAUCUUCAUCUCAGUAGAUCCUUAAAGCCAAUGCUCAAAAGGGCAGGAGCUUUAUGGGUUUGAUGUGUUACCAAGUAUAUGUCCGACGCUAAUAUAGGAAUAAUGCAUUUUUGUUGCAAAAGGUCGAUAAUCAUAACAGAGGUCGGAUUAUCCAGUUUAGACGUGAUAUAUAUAUAGGUUGAAUAGGCGAUUUUCGAGUGGGAACUUAAAACUCUUACUUAAAUAAAUGUGUACUCGAGCUUUUUGAGACUGAUCAAUAAUAAUAUAUACUCAAUAUGCACCAUGUACCCUAUACUGUAAUACAGUAUAUGCUUUUGGCUAAUGAUUUGAGUUUGCAUAUGUGA